UCACCCUCGCUAACCCUCUCAAAACCCUAGCUAUACGGCUGCAGAGCCGCCGCUGCCGCCGCACGCAUCGAUGGAUUACUCAGGAUUACCAAACGAGAUCAUAGAGAAGAUAGCGUCCCACCACUUGGACACAGUUUCCCAGCUCAUCUCCUUCGCCGGCGUCUGCAGAUCAUGGAGAUCCGCCGCUGUCCUCCUCCGCUUCCCUCCCCAAUUGCUCGUCCCCGCAACCGCCGCCGCUGACGCAAUCCUAUCCCCGGACGUUGCGUCGACAGGCCAAAUCCAUGACCUCGUAUCCCUCACUGCACUCAUAGCCCUCCCUCCUCCGCCGCCGCCGCCGCCGUCAAUCGCCCUCCCUCUCUUCCCGCCCGCCUCCAACAUGUCGGACGCCCACGGCCAGCGCGAUCGCUACCUCCGCCUCCACCGGCAAUUCCUCACCUCCUUCCCCGUCAUCCGACAAGGCGGCGGCGACGACGACGAAUCCACAUCCGACCACGACGCUCACUGCUUGGCCUCGAAAGACGGGUGGAUCCUCCGUUCCCUCCCCGCCCGCGGGGACGGCUACGUCCGCCGCCAGAUCGACCUCUACCUCAUUAACCCGCUCACCGGCGCCUCCAUCCCUCUCCCUCCCAUCACCAAGCCUGAAUAUGCCCACGACGUCAAAGCCAUCAUCUCCUGCUCCCCUGCAGAAGAAGAAGAUCACUGCCACGUCUUCACCCUCUCCACCUGGCAGAACAACUUGCUGGCGUGGUGCAAGGUCGGGCCGGGAGGCGGCUGGACGUUCCCGCCGAGGAACUGCCUCGUCCGUCUCCAAGACGACACGCCGAUUCGAGACGCCUCCUACUCGGGAGGAAACCUCUACCUUGUCGGCGAAGAAGCGCUCUGGGUCGUCCACGACAUCCUCAAACCCUUCUCCGCCGCGACGGGGCCCACCGUGAGGGCGUUCCCUUUCUCCCGCUACAUGAACUCCCUCGACGCCCGAAGCUGCUGUCGGUAUAGGUCGCUUCCUCACCCCUACUUAUGCCACCUCAGCGGCGGCGAGGUUCGCGUCGUUAUCCCGGAUUACAAGGGGAAAUACUACGGGGAAUACCUGGCGUUCCACGUGUUCAAGCUGGUCGUGGACGAAGCGUGCGACGCGGGGAUCGACGAGGCGGCGAAGUUUCGUAGUGGUAAGAAUGUUGAGAGGGGUGUUUUUUGGGAGGAAGGGUGGAGUUUGGAUGGACAUGCUGUGUUCAUUGGUGCUCACCAAUCGGUUUGCUUACCGACUAAUAAGGUUGCUGGUGGUAGUGGUAGUGAUAGUGUUAUCAAUCCGAAUGGUAACGGGAUUCGAGGGGACCACAUCUACUUCGCGCUGAAUCGAGUUUGUUGCCAUCGGGGAACGUUUGGGGAGGCGAAUUGGGAUGGCGUGUUUGAUGUCGCCGGCCAAAAGUUCCAGAGGUUUGCUGAUGAGCGGUACAGGGAGAACAAGACGAUGCACGCGACUUUUUGGUUUAUCCCUGUGCCCUGGGGAAGCACUAAAAGUCGGCAGGGAAGAAAGAAGAGAGGAAAAAAGAAGAAGAAGAAGAAACAAAUUGAAGGGGCGGCCUCACAAGAGACAGAAACUUUUACACAGUAAACAUAGGAUUACUUUUUGCACGGUCAUUAAGAGUUGCUCUCAUAUGAUAUUGUUGGUUUUUCGUAUGGAGAAUUGUUUAUAACUUGUGAAUUGUGUUUGGAAAUGGACGGUGGAAUCGGAGAAUGGAGUUUCUAAGCUUUUGGAGUAGUGGGGGGAACACUGCGGCAGAGGAAAGAACAAAAGGAAGCUUUUGUUAUUUUUUUUCUUUGUAUUCUUUCUACACACCCAAAUGUAUGAAUAAAAAUGAAUAAAACAUGGAUAUAUUGGGCCAGCAAUAAAAGCCUAUUUUAGGU